CUCUCAACUCCGAAAAAGCCUCUCUUCUCUUUCUCUCCGACGAUGGCCACCGGUGACCAGAGCAAGAAGAGAAAACAGCAUUAUCGCCCUCAAAACAGACCAGUGAAGAAGAAGGGAGCUUACCCUUUGAAGCCAGGUGUGCAAGGUUUUUUCAUCUCUUGCGAUGGCGGACGCGAAUUUCAAGCUUCUCAGGAAGCUAUUAACGUCAUUGAUUCCUUUUUCGAGGAGCUAAUGCAUGGGAUUGACUCGAAAGCAAAACCUGGUUUGUUUGAUAACCCAAUAAACAAAAAGGUUACGUUUUCAUAUAGCGAGGAUGAGGAUGAGGAUGAGGAUGGGGAUGGGGAGGAAGAUGAGAGUAAUGAUGCAGAGGAAGAGGAAAACAAAGGGGAUGGGGAGAAGAAAGAAGUGACUGAAGGCAGUGAUAGUCAAGUGAUUGAGAAAGAAUUAGCGAGUGAAGGAUCAUGUGGAGUUAAAUCAUUGGUAGAAACUGAGGCUGAAAAAGACAAAGUAGAUGAAGAGAAACAGAAGAACGGUGUAGAUGAACCUCCUAGAAAGAAGGCAUGUAUGGAAGAAGCAAAUCCAUUGGCAAAAGUAAACGAAAAUGCUGAGAAGUCUAUUGACAAGUUGAUCGAAGCUGAACUAAAAGAACUCGGAGACAAGAGUAAGAGACGGUUUAUGAAGUUAGAUCCGGGUUGCAACGGUCUGGUAUUCAUCCAAAUGAAAAGGAGAGAUGGUGACCCUAGUCCCAAAGAUAUUGCACAGCAUGCAAUGACAUCUGCUGCUGCAACAAAAAAGCAUAUGUCAAGGUUCAUCCUAAGACUUCUACCAAUUGAAGUAUCGUGUUACCCUUCAGAGGAAGAAAUUUCGAGAGCCAUCAAGCCUCUUGUAGAACAGUACUUCCCCGUUGAGACCAGUAACCCCCGGAAAUUUGCUGUGUUGUAUGGAGCGCGUGCAAACACGGGACUUGAUAGGAUGAAAAUAAUAAACACAAUCGCGAAAUCUAUUCCUGCCCCUCACAAAGUUGAUUUGAGCAAUCCAGAGAUGUCGAUCGUUGUGGAAAUUGUUAAGACAGUGUGCUUAAUUGGAGUGGUAGAGAAAUACAAGGAGCUAGCAAAGUACAACCUCAGACAGCUCACGUCCACCAAUUGACGCAAUCUCCUCUUCUUGGAUGUUUAUCUAUGUUUUGUUUCUUAAGACUAAAUAUGCUUUGUGCUAUCUGGUAGUGUUAUAGAGUUUCUGACUUACUAAAAUGGCUGAAGUUUCCCUUUAGAUCCUAUUUUUUCUGAUCAAUAAAGUUGUUAGAUGAAGUUUCCCUUUA